UUGACAUUGAUUUUGACAAAGAAUUUUGUCAAAAGACAGGGAGGCAAAUAAAACUUUAUUAAAAAUAAAAAAAAAACAACGGAAAAAGUAUUCGGUGUGGAUUUAUUCCCCCUUCACCGUCUCGGUAGCAGACAGAUAUUUUGCGAUAUAAAAAGACUCCGGUCACUGCCGCCGGUGAGGAAACUUAUAAACCCAAAGCUCUCUCUCUCUCACUGUCCUUCUUCGUCUUCCUCCAUCUUCGAUCCGUUGUUUUACCAGGCGCGUGAGGACUAAAGAGACCGAGAACCAUGGGUAACGGAAACUCAACGGAGACGAAAGAGUCGCGCCGAUCAAAGAUGCGACAGAAGCUUCAAAACCUUGGCAGCCACCGCCGUCUUCGUCGCCCAGGGUCCGGCAGCGUCUCCGGAUUGGCCAGCCAGAGAUCAGUGAGCCAAGAGGAUUUCGCCGGGAUUGCUCUUCUCACUCUCCUCGGCGCGGAGAUGAAGUUCAAGGACAAGUGGCUCGCCUGUGUUUCCUUCGGAGAACAGACAUUCCGUACGGAAAUUACAGAUUCUACGGAUAAGCCGAUUUGGAACUCGCAAAAGAAACUCCUCCUGGAGAAAAAUGGACCAAGUCUGGCUAGGAUCUCUGUAUUUGAGACCAAUAGGCUCUUGAAGAACAAUAUCAUCGGUUAUUGCGAGCUUGAUCUACUUGAAUUUGUAGUGCAGGAACCUGACUCUACUUGCAAGUCAUUUGACCUGUUGGAUCCGGCCUCAUCUAAUGUUGUUGGCAACAUCUUCAUUUCGUGCUCCGUUGAGGAUCCUGUUGAAACCGAGACAUGUUUUGCGAAGCGUAUUUUGUCCAUAGUGGACUAUGAUGAAGAUGGACAUCUCUCAUUCUCAGAGUUCUCUGAUCUGAUGAAUGCUUUUGGGAAUCUAGUUGCUGCUAAUAAGAAAGAAGAGUUGUUUAAAGCCGCUGACCUUAAUGGAGAUGGCGCUGUUACGAUUGAUGAGUUGGCUGCGCUUCUUGCCGUUCAACAAGAACACGAGCCAAUUAUAAAUAGUUGUCCGGUUUGUGGUGAGGCUCUUCAAAUCUCUGACAAGCUCAACGCAAUGAUCCAUAUGACUCUCUGUUUUGACGAAGGAACUGGUAAUCAAACGAUGACCGGAGGGUUCUUGACUGAUAGGCAGGCUUCAUAUGGAUGGAUGUUCAAACUAAGUGAAUGGACUCAUCUAUCAACUUAUGAUGUUGGUUUGAAUACUGGGUCAAGUGCUUCACAUAUCGUGGUUAUUGAUCGGAAGACUAAGAGGCUCGUAGAAGAGUUGAUUGAUUCAAAGAUUGUUAUGUCGAUGAGAGCUAUUUACCAGUCAAAAAUUGGACUUCGGCUUAUGGACCAAGGAGCAAAAGAGAUUUUGCAGAACCUUUCUGAGAAGCAGGGGAAGAAGAUGAACUCAGUUGAAUCUGCCCAAAAUAUACCCAGCUUUCUAGAGUUCUUCAAGGAUCAAAUAAACAUGGCUGAAGUCAAGUAUCCUCUGGACCAUUUUAAGACGUUCAAUGAAUUCUUCAUACGGGAGUUAAAGCCUGGUGCAAGACCAGUUGCAUGCGUGGAACGGGAUGAUGUUGCUGUAUCUGCUGCUGAUUGUCGAUUAAUGGCAUUUCAAACGGUGGAUGAUAGCACACGGUUCUGGAUCAAGGGCCGGAAGUUCUCAAUUAAAGGCCUUCUUGGGAAGGAUGUGCAUUCGGAUGCUUUCCUUGAUGGAUCUUUGGCGAUAUUCCGAUUGGCUCCGCAGGACUAUCAUCGUUUCCAUUCUCCUGUCUCUGGCGUCAUUGAAAAGUUUGUCAAUGUUUCUGGAAGCCUAUAUACAGUUAAUCCGAUUGCAGUCAAUAGCAAGUACUGUAAUGUGUUCACUGAGAAUAAACGGACCGUCGUAAUUAUAUCAACAGCCGAGUUUGGAAAGGUCGCAUUUGUUGCGAUUGGAGCAACAAUGGUUGGUAGCAUCACAUUUGUUAGACAGGAGGGAGACCAUGUGAAGAAAGGGGACGAGCUUGGUUACUUCUCAUUUGGUGGAAGCACAGUUAUAUGCGUCUUUGAAAAGGACUCGAUUAAGAUUGAUGAGGAUCUCUUAGCUAACAGCGCUAGGUCCUUGGAGACAUUAGUUACUGUCGGAAUGCAACUAGGUGUCUCCUUUCCAAAGCUGGAAAACCUUUCUCUUGAAUCCUGAACUGCUCCAAACUAUGUGUGUGAGUUAGUACAGAACCUACGGAUUAUCUGCUUUGGUUUGGUCUGGCUUGAUUUUUUUAAAAUUUUCUCUUUUCCAUCACAAGCUCAAGUCCUCUUUGUUUGAUACACAAUGACUUUGCUCUGUAUAUACAACACCAGUAUGUCCGGGCAUUGAUACUUGUUAAUAUUUUAUUGUGUUUUGUUUUUUAUAAGCGGUUUUGCUAGUUGACAAUCUUACAUGCAAAUAUGGUUAAACACAUGUCUUUCUUUAUAUCUGUCGUAAUGUAAAUGCAUUCUCUGUAACUCUCGUUCUUUCUUUUUCUCCUCUCUCUCUCGCUCUCCCUUUGUAAUCUAGUUCUCUGUUGAGCUGAAUCUACUAAAAGCACAAAUGGUGUGGACAAAGGCUAAGGUUAGUCUUGCUUUGUCUCUGGUAACGGUUUUUCUCGGCGUCUCUCUUGCUGAUCUCAAAGUCGGGUUUUACUCGAAUACAUGUCCGCAAGCUGAGGCAAUCGUUAGCACUGUCGUCUCACGAGCUGCUCUUUCCGACCUUAACCUCCCAGCCAUACUUCUACGGCUCCAUUUCCAUGACUGCUUUGUCGAGGGAUGUGACGGCUCGAUCCUCGUGGACAACGGAGAAAUCUCUGAGAAGAAUGCAUUCGGGCAUGAAGGUGUUAGAGGAUUUGACAUAGUAGAAACCGUCAAAGCCGAGCUUGAAGCUGCAUGCCCCGGUGUUGUCUCGUGCUCAGACAUUGUUGCCCUGGCUGCACGUGAUGCCAUAUCUUUGGCGAAUGGACCGGCGUAUGAUGUGCCAACUGGGCGGAGAGACGGUCGGGUUUCGAACUUAUCGCUGGCUAAGGACAUGCCGGAUGUGAGUGACUCGAUUGAGAUACUUAAGGCUAAAUUCAUGCAGAAGGGACUCAACGCUAAAGAACUCGUCCUUCUCAGUGCUGCUCACACUAUUGGAACAACGGCCUGCUUCUUCAUGACCAAACGCCUCUACAAUUUCUUACCCGGCGGCCAACCCGACCCGACCAUCAAUCCGGUAUUUCUACCCGAAUUAACCACUCGGUGCCCACAAAACGGUGACAUAAACAUCCGGUUACCAAUGGACCGGACCACUGACCGGCUAUUCGACAAGCAGAUUCUGCAGAAUAUAAAGGAUGGUUUCGCCGUGCUUCAGACCGACGCGGGACUCUACGAGGAUGUAACGACCCGACGGGUCGUGGAUUCCUAUGUUGGGUUUCAAAAUCUGCUCUUUGGCCCAUCGUUCGAAUCCGAUUUCGUAAAGGCAAUAGUGAAGAUGGGGAAGAUUCAGGUGAAGACUGGCUUUCAAGGGGAGGUUCGACGAGUUUGCUCGGCUUUCAAUUGAAAGAGUGUGCAGUAACAAUCCUAGUAUACUGUAUCUAUGCAUGAAGACUGUUUAUAUUUAUGCAUGAUGUCAUUUUGCGAGACAAUAUGAUCGGAAAAAAAGAUAUGUAACAGUACGGUUUUGACUUUUGAGUAUGUUCGUAUAUAAAGAAGAAAUUUAAAUAAUAUUCAAAUUGCUAUGUAUAUAUU